CUGGGUGGGAGGGUAGAGUAAAACAGCAUUCCAGCACACAGGGAAGCAAAGUCCAGGCAUUCUGGUUAUUUACCUGCUCAGAGCAGUCACAGUGAGCUGGGCAGGGAGCAGACUGAGCACUAUGGCUGGGGGAUCCAAGAUCAAACGCAAAUGGAAAAAGAAAUACGGAAAACUGCCCCCCGACGAGGAUCCGGGGACUCCAUUACAGGAGGAGGACAAGCAAGGCACCCCCCAGCAGGACCUCCCUGCUCAGCCCAAACAAGGCAAGUCUCAGAAAGGUAAAAAGAGCAGGAGCAGGAAGAAGGUGCACCUGUCCCCCCUGCCAGACAGGUAUGACCCCCUGGAGGAAGGGGCAGAGGAGACUGAGAGCAAGGAGGACAAAAAGUACAAGAGGAAACAGAAAGCCAAGAAAUAUGCAAAGGUGAGCAAGGUGCUGGGGGGAGGAGAGGGUACUGACCACAGGGGCAACUACUAGGUGGGAAGGAAACAACACUGAACCUUGAGAUAUAUACAGUGUAACAAUAUAUGGAAUAUACUGCAGGAUAGUGUGUGUGUGUGUGUGUGUAUAUAUAUAAUAUAGAGUGUAGCAGUAUAUGUGUGUGUGUGUGUGUGUGUGUAUAUAUAUAAUAUAGAGUGUAGCAGUAUAUGGGGGUAUACAGUAUGAAAAUAUAGAGUGUAGCAGUAUAUGGAGGUAUACAGUGUGAAUAUAUAGAGUGUAGCAGUAUAUGGGGGUAUACAGUGUGAAUAUAUAGAGUGUAGCAGUGUAUGGGGGGUAUACAGUAUGAAUAUAUAGAGUGUAGCAGUAUAUGGGGGUAUACAGUAUGAAUAUAUAGAGUGUAGCAGUAUAUGGGGGUAUACAGUAUGAAUAUAUAGAGUGUAGCAGUGUGUAUGGGGGUAUACAGUGUGAAUAUAUAGAGUGUAGCAGUAUAUGGAGGUAUACAGUAUGAAUAUAUAGAAUGUAGCAGUAUAUGGGGGUAUACAGUAUGAAUAUAUAGAGUGUAGCAGUAUAUGGGGGUAUACAGUAUGAAUAUAUAGAGUGUAGCAGUAUAUGGGGGUACAGCAUGAAUAUACAGAGUGUAGCAGCAUACAUGGGGUAUAAAGGCGAAUAUAUAGAGGUAGCAGUUACAUGGGGUAUACAGUAUGAAUAUAUAGGAGGUAGCAGUGUGCAUGAGGGUAUACAGUGUGAAUAUAUAGAGUAGCAGUAUGAUGUAUACAGCAUGAAUAUAUAGAAAGUGUAGCAGUAUAUGGGGGUAUACAGCAUGAAUAUAUAGCAGCAGUGUAUGGGGGUAUACAGUAUGAAUAUAUAGAGUGUAGCAGUAUAUGGGGGUAUACAGUGUGAAUAUAUAGAGUGUAGCAGUAUAUGGUGGUAUACAGUAUGAAUAUAUAGAGUGUAGCAGUAUAUGGGGGUAUACAGUAUGAAUAUAUAGAGUGUAGCAGUGUAUGGGGGUAUACAGUGUGAAUAUAUAGAGUGUAGCAGUAUAUGGGGGUAUACAGUAUAAAUAUAUAGAGUGUAGCAGUAUAUGGGGGUAUACAGUAUAAAUAUAUAGAGUGUAGCAGUAUAUGGGGGUAUACAGUGUGAAUAUAUAGAGUGUAGCAGUAUAUGGGGGUAUACAGUGUGAAUAUAUAGAGUGUAGCAGUAUAUGGGGGUAUACAGUGUGAAUAUAUAGAGUGUAGCAGUAUAUGGGGGUAUACAGUGUGAAUAUAUAGAGUGUAGCAGUAUAUGGGGGUAUACAGUAUGAAUAUAUAGAGUGUAGCAGUAUAUGGAGGUAUGCAGUGUGAAUAUAUAGAGUGUAGCAGUGUAUGGAGGUAUACAGUAUGAAUAUAUAGAGUGUAGCAGUGGAUGGGGGUAUAGCAUACAAUAUUAGGUUAUAGAAUGCCGUAAUAUAUAACAAACACAAUAUGAAUAUGUAGAAUGUAGCAUUAGAUGGAAAUGUACAUACAGAGAGUAGUAUUAUAUGGGAACAUACAGUUUGAAUAUAUACAAUGUAGCAAUAUAUUGGAAUAUACUCCUUGAAUCCAUUGAGUGUAGUGCUAUGUAACAUACAGUAUGAAUAUAUAGAAUCUAGCUUUAUAUGGAAAUAUACAAUAUGUAUAUACAGAGGGUAGUCGUAUAUUGUAUGAAUAUAUAGAAUUAAAUGACAAUACAUGGAGUAUACCACAUGCAUAUGUAGAGUAAAGUAAUAUAGACAAUUAUAAAAUAUCAAACCUAGCAGUAAAUGGGGAUAUGCAGGGUGAAUUUCGCGUAUGUAGUGGACCUUUCCCAUACGGUUCAUGGUGAUUAAUUUAUACUUCGCGUGCUCUCCAUCACGUAAAAUUAAAUAUAAAAUAUCAAAUACCAACAUCGUUGGAGCUAAACACUUCGACUCAAUACUAUCCAUACCCAUGUUAAAAUGUAGAAAUUCGGCCCAGUUGACUGUGACAUGGAUCUGUUAGGCUUGGUGUGGCAAGUAACUUUUAAAGGAUAGUAAUGUAGGACUUGGAAUUCUAAGCCCUGACCCAGUCCUCCAUUUCGGUGUCACACAGGUCUGUAUAGCCUUAUAUUUAUUUAGCAACAAUGUGUUCUUCUCAAUCAUACAGAGUUAGUGCAAAUCACUAAACUGUGAAUUGAUGGGUAUUUGUCAAAGAAUGUAGAUUUUAGGCCAAAUACCAAAAUGAGAAAAUGCUCCAUUCACCUAGUUUCUAGCUCCUCUAUUUCACUGUAAGAUAUGCAAUAUGCUGGUGCAUUCCUGACCAUUCAUGGGCUAGAGAGAAACCCUGAGCAGAUCCACCAUCAGUGAGGUAAGGAAAGGCUCUGUUAAAGGGGCAAGCCAAGUACUGGGUCCCAGCGUAGGACACAGUAAAGUUAUACAGUUUGGUGGAAAAAGAAAUCUCUCAGCUUACUGAACCUUACUGUGCCAAUCAGCCACAUUGGACUGGACCUCUUAUUGGCCAGUAUGGAAUAGUCUGGUGGCUCGCUCAUACAGCAGUGCAGGGGGGGAGGAGGAUGUCAUCCCUCCUGAUGUACAUAGAAUGUCUUUGGGAUGAGAUGACAGUGGACUAGACACCACUAGAUAUCAAGGAAUCUAUCUGCUAAUCCUAAAGUUCAUGCACACAGGAGGGUGGCUAAGAACAUGUUUAUAUUUAUACUCUUUAGUCUUGAAGUGUGUAUCUGUGUGUGUCUCUUGAUAUGUGUAUAUUUGUGUGCAAUGUAUCUGUUUUUGGUAGUGUGUAUUUUGUCUGUGUAUCUGGUAAGGAGAUCAUGUGUGCCUGGGUAUGUAUAUCUCUCUACAGGGCUGCUACAAGAGGGGUACAGACAGUACUGGCCAAGUGAAGAGGUCCAUGUUGUAAUGCUGUGCAGUCUAGUUGUGGAGAUAGAAACAUCAGAGUGAGCCCUUUACUAGGCUGCACGGAAAUGGUAUAAUGGUGAUUUCAUAUCACUUCCUCAGGUCUCCGCUACAGAGUGACUGAACACUUUGAAGAAGUUGGUGGUCACUGGGCAGCUGAGCCUACAUUAUGUUAUGUGCAGUAGGAUUAUUAAAGGAACACUAUAAGGUCAGGAACACAAACACGUAUUCCUAACACUAUAGUGUUAAAACUGCCAUCUUGCGCCUCCUCCCCCUGCUCUCCCUUGCUCCCCUUAAUAUAGUAAAAUCUUUAUAUUCAAGUCUGCAACUGCUGCCUGUGCCCCUAAACUGCCUGCAUGCCUGACAUCAUCAGUAGUGAUUCUGUGAGCCAAUCACAAUGCUUCCCCAUAGGAUUGGCUAGGACUGUCAAGGAGGCAGAUCCGUGGCAGAGCCAGCACAAAUCAAACACAACCCUGGCCAAUCAGCAUCUCCUCAUAGAAAUGAAUUGAAUCAAUGCCUCUCUAUGAGGAAAGUUCAGUGUCUGCAUGCAGAGGGUGGAGUCACUGAAUGGCAGUGCUGCUCACUCUGCAGCACUGCCCCAGUCAGCACCUCUAGCAGCCAUCUGUGGAGUGGCCAGUGGAGCUAUGCCUAGGCGGUAAUGUAAACACUGUAUUUUCUCUGAAAAUACAGGGUUUACUGCAAAAAACAUGUGCAAAACCUGCCCCAACUUUGUCAUGCCUAGUUGCUCUCAAGAAAGCAUCUACAGACAACCAACAAUUAGGUGGUAGAGGGGCCCUGCAGAACAGGAAACUCUUACAGAAUUAAAGAGACAUAUUUUUUUAAAAUUUUAUUAUUUUGACACCCCUACCCCCCACCCAGCCCCAUCUGGAGUACCUACAUAUAUACCCAUGUUUUGUUGGCUUACCUCAAUCUCUCCCCAGAAAAAUAGAAUCUUUGUAUUUUUAAACUAUUGCAAAUACUUUUUCCAUACAUAAAAACUGGUGGGGCCCUACCCCAAGUGCCCCUACGGAUGAGCCUCCACUGCAGUAUUUACCUUGGUAGCUCUUUAUAUUAUGAUAAUGCAAGGGGAAUGCAAAUAUUUUAGUUUUUUUCUACAAAACAUUUAUCUUGCUUAAUUUGCUUGUACACCUGUGGGACUUUCAGAGUUUAGAAAAAGUCCCAGGGUUUUUAAUGCAAUGAAUCUGCCCAAUGUGUUUACAGCUGCACUAAAGUUGUCUGGUUUUCAUUUAAAAAAACAGAAUAUUUGUAGUUUUGAUACAAUGUGGUUCUUUUAAGCACUUUAUUACUAAUAUGCCACCUGGAAAUAGUAACAUGUAUCCAUCCAUAUCUUAUAUUCCCAUGUCAAUGUUUUAUAAUGCUGUUUAUAUAGCAGUGGAGACAUCUGAUGCUACUAAUUUUAGCAGUACUCGCUCCGUACAUUGCAACAACAUAAAAUAGACUUAGAUGGGAGUGCUUCCACUCCUGCUGGUGAUCCUGCAAUUGCGCUGUAUGCCCCCCCAGGCCGGUGCACCAUAGGCGGCCGCACACUGGUCCAAAGGUAUGCAGGUAACAGCCAUUGGCACCCCUCUAACUAGUUGUAUUUGGGUUGACCGCCCCCCCCACCUCCCUUAGUACACCACGGAUUUACAGAGCAGGAGAUAAAACCUUUUAAAGUAAGUAACAUCUGAUUGAAAAUUAAACCAUUUUGUUUUCAUGCAGGCUAUGUCAGUCACAGGCAGGGGAGGUGAUGUAACGCCCAAAUGGCAGAGAAUUUAGCAGUGAAACAUCAGAGACAUGAUCUGUACAGCAACACUGCUUCGUUAAGCUAAAGCUGUUUUGUGACUAUAGUGUCCCUUUAAAUAGUAGUAAAAGUCCCUGUAAGUAAAAAAUUUUUCCAUUGUGGUUUUGAUAAUAUAGUUUAUAUUUUCACACUCACAAAAUAUGGUUUCUUUUGUGUAUUCAUUAAACAAUUUAUACCACUGAAACACUUUGACAAAGGAAAUGUGCAAAACACGGAUUAAUCAGUUUGGACUAUGCAGAAAAGUUCAUAGUUAACAGAUUCUUGACUCUGUAGGUCAAAAGGUGUUUAGCUGAUAAGUUGCAGCACAAAGACUUCUGCAAACUAUGACUUCAUUAUACGAGUCCGCACACACUAUAAGAUUUAUUUAUCAGGGCUAUAAAACAAGGGUUCGACAAAUAUGGUCAAGCAGUGUAGAUAAGAGAGCAAAUAUUAGUGUGCAUGCAGAUUUCUGGGCAUAAUAAAUUUGUCAUCUGGUAAUUGUCAGAGCAAUUAAAUUAGUUUUGUCAAAAAUCUUUACUUUUUGUAAAUUGGAAGUUUUGGUGUAUGCCAAUGACAGACCAGGCAAAAGCAAUCUCAGAUGCCCACGUUUCCUGGCAUUCUUUAAAGGAGCACUAUAGGAUAAAGAACACAUUCCUGACCCUAUAGUGUUAAAACAACCAUCUAGCCCCGCCCCCACACACCUCAUGGCCCCCACCUUUCCCCCCCUAAAUACAGUAAAAAUUUAUUUGUAUUCAAGUCUGCAGCUGCUUGCUUUGCCCCUGUCUGCCUCUGACCUGCCCCUGUCUGCUGACAUCAUCACUAGUGGUGGUUUGAAUCAAUAACAAUGCUUCCCCAUAGGAUUGGCUGGGACUGUCAAGGCGGCAGAUUAGGGGCAGAGCCAGCACAAAUCAAACACAGCCCUGACCAAUCAGCAUCUCCUCAUAGAGAUGAAUUGAAUCAAUGAAUCUCUACGAGGAAAUUUUAUUGUCUGCAUGCUGAGGGUGGAGACACUGAAUGGCAGUGUUGCUUACUCUGCAGCACUGCCCAGUGGAGUUAUGUUGCUUACUCUAGCAGCCAUCUGAAGAGUGGCCAGUGGACUUAUCCAUACACUGUAAUGUAAGCACUGCAUUUUCUCUGAAAAGACACUGUUUACAGCAAAAAGCUGUGGUUCUGGUGACUAUAGUGUCCCUUUAAGGUAUUAUGUAUACGUAUAAAAUGUAUAAUUCUGCUUUAAUAACCAUUACAACAGCUAAUACAAAGCCAAUAUAAACUUAACAAACUUAGUCCAAACCAAAGCCCUGUUAGUCCACAUUAACUGCAGUGAGUAGUGCUGCACUUGGUUGGAUAAUAUUUUUAAUUUGAAGAAAUUCACUAGACAAAAAUCUAAUAUUAAUUUCCAUGUAAUGUGCCCUUUGUCAAGCUGACACAAAGUAUCUUGCCAUAGUGCGUUUAUUUAGUCGCCCCUCUCUCCUCCAGCAUCAUUUAAACAGAUUGAUUAUUAUUUACAACAAGAGUCAGAUGGUCGAGGCCAGUUGGAUGCAUUUCAUUACGAAAACAAACUAAAUAUUAAUGUCAAAUAACAUCGUCCAGAGUCAUCAGGUAGCAACGUCCUCAACUAAAGGCUCCAUCUUGCAGAGCUCAAUGCAAAGAAUACUCUUGAUCUUGGGGGAAAUUGCCAAAUGAAAUAAAACAUGUUUACUCAGACCUACCCCAAGGCAUAUUUACUUUAAAAAAAAUGUGGAUCAACGUAAUUAUUAAAAUGUACUUUCAUUAGAAUAUGGAUUAUCCAGAAAAAAGCAAAUGUUUUUUGUGUUUUUUUUCUUUUCAUGAAAUCCGACAUUUUCUCAAUGUAUAGAAUCCUGACUCAGAAAAUAAAUAAUAGGCAUCAUGCAAAUAUGAAAACCCUACGUACAACUAUUUGUGUUUAUAGUGGUUAUGGUGCCAAGCGUUCAGCUUUGGAAUGGUUUGACUUUUACUUUGUCAACAGGCAGUCGUUCUUGUGUUCCAGAUGUCACUAAGCAGGAAUUCCCAUUUUUCAUUAGUCGUAUAAAUGUUGUCGUCCUUAUUGGGAGCAUAAUAGUCUGAGCGUGACAUCUGAUGCUCUUAUCCAAAUUGCAUGUUGCAUGUGUUUCACUUUUAUUUGGGAUACCUGUUUGUCCUGUAUCUUUCACUAGAUGCUGUAUUUCCAUUCUUGCUUAUAAGUGACAUUUUAAUGAGCUGUUAAAAAUUGCUGGUACUCAAUGACUAUUUUCUUAUUUAUUUUAUAUUUUUCAAUCUGUUGCAAAGUGUAUAUUCAGCUUGUACAGCAGGCCCAGUAACUUGCAAAGGAGAGUGAACAUCUGAUUGGCUACUGGAGAGGUGGAGAACUAGCAGCGUUUAAGAUAGCGGGGCCAUGAUAUGAGAGUUUAGAUAUUGGAUCAAAUCAUUCUAGGCUUUCAGGUAAUAGAAGAAAAAAUCUGGGUCAGGGAUGCCAGGCCAAAAAACCCAGAAAAUUGCACAAGACAGUAUAAAUGAGCGAUUGGGACUCAGACAAACCACAUGAGGGCACAGGAUGCUUAGAAACAGUCUACUUUAUAAGUUGGGAGCGUGCUUACUGUAUGUAUGUAUGUAUGUAUAUACACAAACACACACACAUAUUAGGGGGAAGUAGUUACAAUGUCUCUGUAUAUGUGUAGGUCUCUUUCCAAGCUGUUCAUAUUUACAUCUAUUUCUCUAUUUUCAUUUGGAACAUUUGUAUAUAAAGCAGACUGUAUUGAUUGCAGAUCAAACAGUCUUUUUUUAAUGUUCACAUGAUCUUUGUACUUCUCUUGCAUGUAAACUUUAAUUUUAUAUUCUGUUUGUUCAUAGAACGUUGGCAAAGCAGUCCGAACUGGAUGCCGCUACCUGCUGAUUGGAAUCCAGGGUUUGACAAAUGCAUACAUGGCCCCUUUUGGCAUUUCCACUGUAGUGUUGUCAUCAAUGUCUCGCCAAUAGCUCGAAAAAACUAUCUUGGUCUUAACAUUUCAAAGAACCUCAUCUACCUUCACCGAGAAUGGACUGCUACUAACUUGGGAAGUACUAAACCAACAGAACCUCGUCGAAGGAUUUUAAUUACCUUCAUUCUUUUCACAGUUUUAACGGAUACUCUGUACAAUCCCAUUGACAAUUUUAUAAUCUAACACGUAUGUUAACAAUUCACACACAAUGUCAGAAGUCACUCAGAGAAAGCUGUAUCAGUUAUUAUGUUCUAAUAAUGUUUAAAGCCUACAUAUUUUAAGACAAGUUAGAUAACAAGAGAACUAGACAUCAAACAUGUACUAUAACUAAUUAAGACUGUUAAAAUUCAAAGAGUUAAUUGAGAAAGACUGAAAUAUGUGGGUUGUGUAACCACUAUGUAUUAUAAUUCUGUAGAUAUAAUUUUCUUGCCUUGUUAACAGUAUUGAUUCUAGAGCUGCUAUAGAUUAGGUAUAUGUUCUGUACUAGGUAUACUAAUGACUGCACACAACAGUUGACCGUUUUGGAGAGAGAAUGGUGAUCGAUCAUAAAGUUCGUAUAAAAGCUAAUAUGUAACUUGGACUUAGGGAUGCUAAAGAACAUCUGACUUUCAAAGCAUCACUGAUGGAGUUAUUCACAGUGAGUCUUCAUUGGAUAGCAAUGAUGUCAUGAAAUGUGGGACUUUGGAACAACGUUUCUAUCCUUCUCUAUGUUAUCAGCAUGGAAUAGAGCAGUGGUAGGCAACCUUUGGCACUUCAGGUGCUGCGUAUUGCAUCUCCCAUAAUUUUCUCACAGCCAUAAGGCUGGCAAGGCAUCAGGGGAGAUGAAGUCCACAACAUCUGGUGUGCUGAAGGUUGCCUUCCCUUGGGAUAGAGGUUCACGUGCUGAUUAUAUUUGUUAGUGCAAUAUAUCAAUUUGUGGCUUUUCUGUUCUAAACAUAUCAGUCCUGUGUGCUUUUAAUAAUCUCUUUUUUUUUUUUAGCCUAAAGUGUGGAAAAGUGGGGAGAUUAGUUUGUUCAGGGUGAACAGUCUAAAUACUGUUUUAAAUUUUUUGUGUAAUAUUUUAAAAACAAUCUAUUUUGUAUUAUAUAUUUUUAGAGGGUUCAUCAGGUUUUAUAAGAUUUUUAAUAUUGUAUGACCUUACAUUAUCUGCCUCUUUAAUGUGCAACUUGGUAAUUUCAAGCAUUUGAGUUCUUCUUCCUAACCAACCAACCAACAUUUUAAUAGGUUUAAAUGCUGCAACUUUGUUCUAGCACUUUUUGAAGACUCCCACACAAAUUACCCAUAUAAUUUUAUUAGGAGGCAGAGGAAUGCAAACGCAUGUUUCUGAUAACACAGACCUAUCACCCUUUCUAUGUCACCCUGCAGUCACACUAGGAUAUAUUAUACCAAGGGGACACGGUUAUGUGCAUCUCUGUUCCAUCACAUUGGUCCAAGAGGAAAGGUGUGGAGACUUGUGAAGGUUUAGUAGACAACAAUCUAGAAACUGAGGAGGACUCAAAAAAAUAUAUCUUGAAAUAAAUGUAUUUCUUGUUUUUUAGAUUGUUCUGUCAUUUAUUUACCACCAGUGUAUUUUAUAGGGAGUGUCAGAGUAUCUAAGGGAUUUAAAAAAAGAUCUUUUAUAGAUAUAUUCAUUCAUAUUCAGCCCCUUUUGGCUAUUCUAAUAGAGAUAUGUUUUACACCCUAUUCUUGGGGCAGCACUUUCUCUGUCCUCCAUACCUUUCCAAUUGCAGGGUAUUUUUGAAUUACAGCAUAAAAAUAGGAAAGAGGAAAAGAGUCGGCUGUAAUGUCAAAACCAUAUAGAGUUUCACGGCAGAUGGGUCCGAACAUCAUAUUAAAACUUUCUUAGAAUUGGUGAACUAUUUUCAAUAUAAGGUGUUUUGUGCUCUGGUCGAUAAGCAAAGCCGGGUUAGCCAUGUCUACUAGACUGACUAAUAUCAGCACUUUUAAUAUGUCAUUUUAAUAAGCCUAUUUUUCUGUAAAAUGAGUGUCAAUGAAACAAGUAGAGAGUAAAUGCAUGUAGCAGUAGGUUCGAUGAAUGUAUGAAACGAAGGUGAGAGGGAAAAGGUUAAAACAGGGCAAUAGUGUGUGCGUGACACAGAGAAUGCCUCUAGGGAGCGCCGUUGACGUACUUUUUGGCAAAUCUAAUUUGUUCGCCUAUUUUACACUUUAAGCUUUAGAAUGGUCUUGGGUCUCUGGAUUUUGGUAAGGAAGAUAAUGCAUGUGAGUAAAGCGAUACUGAGAGUUCCAGAAAGAGAUGUAGACUAGAGAGAGAUUGUCCGUAUUCACAUUCAUUGUUAGAAAAUAGGCUGUAAAUCAAAGUGAUCUUUUCUGACUUCAUUUGAAUUAAAAAAAAAAAAAAAAAGCACUUUGUCUGUUUUUAAUAUUACAUGGAUUCUUACAUGGCUAGCUUUUUCACUUACUUUUUUUGUAGAGUUGACAGUGGGCUAUCCUUAUUUGUGAUUGGCUGGUUAUAGAACUAUGUAAAUGGCUGUGCUAUAUGCAUAGACUAAAACUUGUAAACCGUGGUUGUACCAUAAUUCUGAUGAAAAUCCGAUGUAUAUACAAUCCCAUGCAUACAUACAUCAAUACAUACAUAGAUUCAUGUUUCUAGUUAUGCAUACAUGUACCCAGACAAACACUAUCCGGGAUAAAGUUAAAAUUCAAAGUCAAUUUCAAAUGUUAGGCCGAAGUAGCCGAACUGUUUUAUAGAAUUUUUCCAGUUUGCCUAAUUUUAUCUUGAAUUUGAAAUUCACUUUGAAUUUACACUUUAGAGAAUAAUCCUGUGAGAGACAAACACUUACAGGCUCACACACAAUUACACACUGCUAUGCAGACAUUCCAAGACAAAGUGCCAUACACACACAAUGCCACAGAUUCACACAAUGCGCAGGUACACACACAAACACUCUAAGAAAUAUAUAAAUGUUUGGCGACAAAUAUGUAGAUAAGCUUAACGGGUCACUUCAAGCACCAUUACCACCUCAGUGAUUUGAAGUGAUCAUGGUGCCUGGAGUCUGUAUGUGCAGAAGUUUGAGCCCUCUGUUGAUGGAGGUGGAAUUCCACCUCUGUCGGUGUCAUUGUGGUGUCAUUAGUGAGUCUGGAACAUUAACCGGAAACCGCACCAUAAUCACUACUGCAGCCAUAACGGUUACCAUGGUUGGAGUAACAUUUUAAAGGAAAACAGGGGUUGUAUUUUAUUCACAGUUUUUAAUCUUAUUUCAUAUUAUUGAAGUUAUUCACUAAAGAGUGAACCAAAAACCGAAGUGGAAAAUUUAGUUCAAAGUAGGUGAUUUUGAACAUUUCAAAAUUAAACACUUUGGCUAAUGUGGCCUGGAUGUUGUGCUUUGUUUGUGUUUUUCUUUUUAAAAUUCACCACAGUUUACUGUUUAGUGAAUAAACCAUCAUGUAAUAUUUGUAUUCUAUUGUUAGCAUUUUAAUCUGAAUUGUGUAACGUGCAUUAUGAAACACAUGGACACAGCAAAGUGUUUCUGGUGACUUUUUAAUGUCUGUGUUUACAAAUGUUUUUCCCGUUUGUCUUGUGUAGUUAUGCCCAUGUGCCCAUUCAGUGUGUUCCAUGCCUAUAAAUUCUAAAUGUAUCAUUAAUCUAUUAUUUUAAAUUUAAUGGUGGGACAAUAUCCAUAUGUAGCCUUCAGUCACCCUGUUCAUAAUCUAAGAAUAACACCGGCUCACACAACACUCGUAUUCUAUUUAUUAUUUUCAUUUAAUAUAAAAAUGGAUAAAUGUGUUUUUAUAGUUCUAGUAAAAGUCACUUCUAUGAACAGUCACAUUUUAACACUCAGACACUCUCACAGACAACCAUAGAAAAAAGAUACAGACACUCUUACCUUGCACAGAUAUUAUCUCCACUUUAGGAUUUAUUUGAAAAACUUUGAAUUAUAGUGAAUUGAAAGAAGAUUGUUUACGUAAUUAUAUCCAAACUAUGAUCACAGCAGAAUUGGAGCAUUUUACAAUUUUUUUUUUUGCCAUUUGCCUAAAUGUUGCAAUUUGGGAUUUGGGAUCCUAAUAAAUGUCUGCUUGUACUUUGGGCUAACAUCCAUUCUAGACAUAGACACCGUUUAGUGUUUAUUUGGGUAAGCUUCCAGCAAACACAAGUUAAAAAACUAUAUAUACAUAUAUAAAAAAUCCCCCCCCCCUCAAUAUCACAGAAUUGUUUGGGCCUUUUAAUAAGAUUUAUACAGAUUUUUGUGUCAUGGAUAAAUUGUGCAUUUGGGAUAUAUCUUUUAAAUUGACAAAGCAUAAUGUGUAAAUAAAAACUUUUUGGUUGCUUCUAAAA